AUGUCUCCCUUGGCGUUGACGACGUCUCCGGCUGUGGAUUCGGAUUGCUCGUCAUCGGAUCAAACCAACGGACCGAAUUCCCAAAACCAGAGUCCUUCAGAGAAGGCGGCUCAACAGCAGCGCAAGAAAAAAGCACGAACAACAUUCACCGGACGUCAGAUAUUCGAAUUAGAGAAACAGUUCGAACUCAAGAAGUACCUUUCAUCGAGUGAGCGCGCCGAAAUGGCUAAACUGCUCAACGUCACGGAGACCCAGGUGAAAAUCUGGUUUCAGAACAGACGCACGAAAUGGAAGAAGCAAGACGGUAUCUCGAAUGCAGAAGCAGCCGAACUCAAGAUGGGAGAAAAGGCGAAGAGCAAGCUCCAGGCGCAGGCAGCUAAACAAGCGGCCGCUGCAGCCGCCCAGAAGGCAUCGGCACUUUCGGCUCUUUCAGCCCAGGUUUCGGCUCAACUAUCGGCCGGAACCGUUCCGCCGCCCGCACACCAUCAUCAGCUGCAACACCUUCAUCAGCUCGCCGCCCUUUCGUCCGCAGCAGCAGCAGCGGCUUCAUCCGCAGAAUUGUCAGCUUUCAGUAGUCCCGCCGAUCUCGCCGGACGUGCUCCCCCACCCCCUCCGCCGGAGCUCCGACUUAGGCAGAUCGAACUUUCGAGUCUAGCAAGCUUUCACGGCCAUUUGCUCGAGCCGUCUCGAAGUCCGUGUCGAAGUCCUCUGACGUCAGCUGAAAACAUCUCCAAGUGCCUGCAGGUGUCCGAUCGGCUCACCAGUCCAUCUACCCUUCACCUGCGCACUCACGACCAUUCGGACGAUGACGAUGACGACGAGGAGAUCGAUCCGUGCGGGAGCUAA